AUGAAUACAACAACGACUAAAUACGCUGGAGAGUGUGCUAUGAGCGAAAUGCACAGUUCAGAGGAACAAUAUGGUAACAAGUUUCGAAGGGGGCACGACCGUGAGAACAAGAGAGAGGAGGCGGAGGACCCAAAAAAGAAGGACCAGAAGAGUGAGGAAGAGCACAAAGGAACAGAGGGUAGGUGGAAUGGGCCGAGGGUCAGAACGGUGUAUUGGCUCGUAAAAUACUGCAGCUUGUCGUGUACCGUCAGUACAGCUGUCAGUAUGACCAUACCGUAA